UUAUUUAUCUAGUGCACGCGACUUCAUUAUUUAUCUGACAGAAUUCUGAGAGAGGGGAGAAGAACACGAAAAAGAAACAGCAGCUAUGAACGCUCCUGACCGCUAUGAACGUUUCGUCGUCCCCGAAGGCACCAAAAAGGUGUCAUACGAGAGGGACACGAAGAUAAUCAACGCCGCGUCGUUCACCGUUGAGAGAGAAGACCAUACGAUCGGAAACAUUCUUCGCAUGCAAUUGCACAGGGACCCGAAUGUGCUAUUCGCUGGGUACAAGCUUCCUCACCCACUCCAGUACAAAAUCAUUGUUAGGAUUCACACCGCUAGCCAGUCGUCGCCAAUGCAGGCAUAUAACCAGGCUAUCAAUGAUCUCGACAAGGAAUUGGAUCAUUUGAAGAAUGCUUUCGAGAUUGAGUUGGCAAAGCAUUCGAGGGAGUACUGAUAUGCAUCCAAAGCAUGCAAGGACGCAGCACGUUGGAUUGUUUAUGUUGAUGGUUAAGUGGAACUCGAAAUGAAUUGGCCAUGGCACUUCUGCUUUGAGUAAAUGGUCGUAACUUGUUCAAUAGAACUACUAGACCCUAUGGAUUUUAUGAACCAUACUUCUCUUUAUGGGUUUCAUCUGUAAGCCGCACCAUCGAUUUACUUUACUCUUUGAGGAUGAAUCGUUGCUGUGGAUUAUUGCUUCA